CCCCUGGACUGGGCUGACAGUAUCUAGUAGCACAGUGCAGACACGCCUGCAGACAUUCCCUAGGAAAGACAGCAGCAGGCAGGUGUGAAUGAGGCAGGAUGAACUGGACAGGUUUGUACACCUUGCUCAGUGGCGUGAACCGGCAUUCGACUGCCAUUGGUCGGGUAUGGCUCUCGGUCAUCUUCAUCUUCAGGAUCAUGGUGCUGGUGGUGGCUGCAGAGAGUGUGUGGGGUGAUGAGAAGUCCUCCUUCAUCUGCAACACCCUUCAGCCCGGCUGCAACAGCGUCUGCUACGACCACUUUUUCCCCAUCUCCCACGUGCGGCUGUGGUCUCUGCAGCUGAUCCUGGUCUCCACCCCGGCUCUUCUCGUAGCCAUGCACGUGGCUCACCAGCAGCACAUAGAAAAGAAAAUGCUGCGACUCGAGGGUCACGGGGACCCCCUCCACCUGGAGGAGGUGAAGAGGCACAAGGUCCACAUCUCAGGGACACUGUGGUGGACCUAUGUCAUCAGCGUGGUCUUCCGGCUGCUGUUCGAGGCCGCCUUCAUGUAUGUCUUUUAUCUGCUCUACCCGGGCUACGCCAUGGUGCGGCUUGUCAAGUGUGAGGCCUACCCCUGCCCCAACACCGUGGACUGCUUCGUGUCCCGCCCCACUGAGAAAACCGUCUUCACUGUCUUUAUGCUGGCAGCCUCUGGCAUCUGCAUCAUCCUCAACGUGGCCGAGGUGGUGUACCUCAUCAUCCGGGCCUGCGCCCGCCGAGCCCAGCGACGCUCCAAUCCACCCUCCCGCAAGGGCUCAGGCUUCGGCCACCGCCUGUCACCUGAGUACAAGCAGAACGAGAUCAACAAGCUGCUGAGUGAGCAGGACGGCUCCCUGAAAGACAUACUGCGCCGCAGCCCGGGCACCGGGGCUGGGCUGGCUGAGAAGAGCGACCGCUGCUCGGCCUGCUGAUGCCACGCACCAGGCAACCGCCCAUCCCGCCCCCCCGACCCUGCCCUGGGCCUACCCCUCCUUCUCCCCUGCUGGCGUGCAGGCCUCUGCCUGCUAGGGACUGCUCCAUCAACAUCUUCCUGCCCUGCCAUCUCCCUUCCUCCCAGGGCCUUCCGUCUGAGGGGCCGAACAGGCUGGGAGCUGGAGGCCACCCACGGCCAGUGCUCAAGGUUGUGGGGGUGUGGGCAGCUCUUCUUGUCCGUCCCCCUUUUCCCUUCCCUCUCCCUCUCCCUGAGGCCACUGGGGACAAGAGAUAGGAUGCUCUGACAGCAUCUCCAAUUGUGAAACUAAUCUUAACCCUGUGUUGUCAGAUACCCUAUUUCUGGAGUCACAUCAGUGGGGAGGGACGUGGGCAAAGUGGAAUGGAAGGAGGGUGCCGUGGACAUGUGGGUGGAGAAGGGAGGGUAGUGCCCACGAGGGAAGGAGGAACAGCGCUUGCCAGCCACAAGGAAAAGCAGGACACGUCUGGGGUGGAGGAAUUAGGGGAGGGAGACGCAGGCAGAUAAGUUGGAG